AUGUCCAGAGACGCUACGCAUCGCGAGACGCGACGCACCUUUCAGCGCCCAGCUCCACGCUCCGGCGCACAUCCUCGUCCUCCACCGACCGUCUCUCUCGGCACUCCUCACUCCCUCGAACGCAUCCCGGCCGUCAAAGUCAAAGUCAUUCCUUCGUGCUGCGUAGCCGGGUUAGCGGCACCGCGGCCUGAUCACCCCCAACACCACCGCGGCCUGAUCACCCCCACCACCACCGCGUCCCCGCUCCCGGUCGUGACGCCCCGCCGCGCGCGCUUCUCACCCGCGUGCAGCCCUGCCCAGGUGAGCCGUUUCCUUGUUACUCUUCGCGCGUUGGGUCCUCAAAAGACCGUCUCCCGCUCCCUUCACGGCCGUCGGAACCGCGGCACGUCGCACUCUCAAACGUGCCCCGGUCGUGACACCCCCUCGCGCACGCUUCUCACCCGCGUGCAGCCCUGGUCCUCAAAAGACCAUCUCCCGCUCCCUUCACGGCCGUCGGAACCGCGGCACGUCGCACUCUCGGUCUUGUUCCGCGAACGGGCCCCGGUCGUGACACCCCCUCGCGCGCGCCUCACCCGCGUGGCAGCCAAGACCGUCCCUACCUUCACGCCACCACGACCACCCGCGCUCAUGACGACUUCGCCCCGCGUCUCACCCUCCUCGCUCUGGACCGUCGACGUCUACUCUCACAGCGCACCUCACUCGCUCUUCGAUCUCACCGACUCGCUCACCAUGCCGCCUAUGAGCGUCGAGCACCGCAACGCUAUCCGAUUCGGUCUUGGUGGACGGAUCAAGCAGAAGAAGAAUGGGAUGGCCCUAACGCUCGGCUGGCACAAGGAUCAUGGCAAGGGAAAGGGGAAGAAGAUCCCAGCGAACGUAGUGGAGAGCAUGGGCCGCGACCUCAAGCGCGGCCUUCGCCUGGAGAUCGCUGCCGGCGGGUUCAACACGUGGAAGUGGAACCGGCUCUGCAAUCGCGACUGGCAGCUCCCUUUAUUGGCACUGCGGAGGUGGCCGUGCUCGAGGACCACCCUCGCAGUGCCUGUCUCCGGCUGCACGGCGAACGUGAGGCGCUGGACACGUGAAGAGGCGAAGGGCGUGCGCGAGGUGGAGGGAUGCGCGAGGCGGAGGGGCGCGCGGAGGGGUGCGCGAGGCGAAGGGACGCGCGAGGCGAAGGGACGCGCGAGGCGAAGGGGCGCACGAGGAGGAGGGGCGCGCGAGGCGGAGGGGCGCGCGGAGGGGCGCGCGAGGCGAAGGGGCGCACGAGGAGGAGGGGCGCGCGAGGCGGAGGACGCGCGCGAGACGGAGGACGCGCGCGAGACGGAGGACGCGCGCGAGCGCACCAGCCGGGCAGACGUGGGGUGUAAUUGGCAAGUGCCCAAAAGUCGGCGGAGAGGCAGCUGGGGGUGGUAA